AGCCUUCUUGCAGACCACGGUCCAGAUCUAAUUCGAGUCAGUUAAUAUCAGAUUCACAGUACUUUUCUCGAUGAUUACCUGCAGUGAUGGACUGAUACACUUCAACAAAGGAAGUGCAUGAGCAGAUGCGGGAAUAAACGAACAGCUUCACCCAGGAUGAAGUGAUUUACUGAUCCUCAUUUCUUCUGAAUCUCUCGAAUAUAAAUACCCCCUUCUUCACCCAGCAACGUAGGCUUUCUCUGACCAUCUCUCCCAUCCCUCUUCCCCUUCAUCCCCUCUCCUCCCCAGUCCUCCUCAGUCAUAUCCCCCUGCACCCUGCAGCCCAAACCACUUGCAACAGUUGCCCCAUCCAAGAUGAAGUUCAACCUUGUCUACCUCCUGACCUUCGUGGUCUUUGUGACUGCAUCUGCCAUCCCCGGUCCCAAGGCUGUGGACAGCGCUGUCUCUGACAAGCACCUGCUUGUGCGCGAUGAGGGCAUCUGCCACAACAGUAUCGACUGCGAGGGCGGCCUCUGCUGGGAAGGCAUCUGCAUUGACAGUCGUUGCCGCCAUAAUGGUGAUAGUCCCGACGACUAUUACUGCUUCCGUGGCAACUGCAACCCAAUCCCUGGUCGCGAGAGAGAUGUGGACGCGAACCAGAUGCUGACGGAGCGCAACGAUCCCAAAUGUCACAACAUGGAGGACUGCCGCGGCGCCUUGUGCGUCAGAGGUGUCUGCACUGACAGUCAUUGCCGCCAUAAUGGCGACUGCCCCAACGAUUAUUUCUGCUUCCGAGGCGACUGCAACCCGAUCCCCGGUCGGGCGAGAGAUGUGAAGACGGAUGUUUCUGACAAGCAUCUGCUGGAGCGCAGUGACGGCCUCUGCCAUAACAACGCCGACUGCGAAGGCGGCUUGUGCUGGGACGGUAUCUGUGUUGACGGUCGUUGCCGCCAUAAUGACGAUUGCCCCAACGACUACUACUGCUGGCGCGGUAACUGCAACAAGAUUCCCCGCCGGGAGAGAGAUGUGGACGCGGACCAGAUUAACCAGUCUGGCGAUACUGUUGACACCGAAAUGUGCUCCAUCAAUGUGACCGACACUGGUCUCGAGGCCCCUCCCACCCCGUGUAAGCACGAUAAUGAAUGCAAGCGCUGCAUGCACUGCAUUAAGGGCUACUGUGGUUACAGACACGGCAAGACCGACGACGAGUCUGAGCUCAUGGGGAGCGACAGCAACUGAGACACGGGAUGUAGCGAGUUUUGGCUGGCUCCGUGUAUCAACAUUGAGGAUCAACCUUUGGGUUCGAGCUCUACGCUGGACAAGUCGAUCUGGCCAUGGCAGGUUCACUGUGCCAACAUUGAGGAUCAACUCUUCGGUUUAAACUCUACGCUGAACAAGUAGAGCCGGCUAUUCUCGAGUUCAGUCUUUUUGUCUUCAUGUACCUAGAUUUUUUCAUGCUUAUGUCAAUUGACAUUCAAGCCAAUGCAAC